AUUCGGUCCGUUGCCGAAAGCUCCGGGUUUCCAGGAUUCAUGGCCCUGAGCGACGAAAUACGUUUUCCGGGCUGGGUUUUGCUUUUCCGGAAUCAUUCGCCACCCGGUACACCGUGGAAUCACCCACCAAUUGUUCCGCAAUAUGCCUGGAACAAUGGCCUCCGACUCUGGAACUUAAUGAACGCGGAUACAUGUACAUUGCCCCUCCUUAGACCUCGUUAUUUUAUGCAUGGCAUUCUCUUUUGAAGAUUCAUCCAGCCCCCAGCAUUUGAGCCUCACUCUCUGAUUUCUGUUUGCCGCAAAAUCGCAUCAUCAUGUCUGCCACGGUCACAACAACAGUUCGAUCUGUCGGCACCACAACACUGGAUAAACUUGAUGCCCCUAUCGGCGUCACUGUGCGAUCUCUCUAUACAGUCGAUGACCUGCUAUAUAACAGAAGUCAGACGAUUCCCGAUGUUCCGUUAGUGGCGUAUCCUGCGACAGCACGGAGUCGAGCAGACUAUAUUCACUACACAGCGAAAGAUCUGGAUCGCUUUGCCGACCAUGGAGCCAGGAAGUUUGCAUCUUUGGGCUUAAUCCCUCAAGGCUCGGGUUCAAAAACGGAGGUCAUUGCUCUGCUGGCGCCUUCAAAUCUGGACUAUGUUGCUUCCAUUUUCGCCCUGUCGCGCCUAGGUUUCGCUGUUCUAUUACUCUCCAACCGCCUCGCUACGGAAGCAUAUGUCCACCUACUCAAAGGAACAAAUUGUCGGCGUAUUGUCAGCUCCGACAAUCUUAGCAAAGCAGUUACCAACAUCCGAUCAGAGUUAGAUAUCACAAGCUACCCACUGCUAUCCCAGUCAGACUAUGAUAUCCGAAAUGCAACAGUUCCUCGCUUCCCAAGAAGAAUUGGUAGCUCAGAUCAGUCUCGCAAGACCGCUUUUAUCAUUCACUCGUCUGGCUCGACAGGUUACCCCAAACCGAUUUUCCAAACCCACGAAGCAUGCCUCUCCAACUACUCCAGCAGUUUCGGAUUCCGUGCAUUUCUUACUCUACCAUUGUACCAUAAUCAUGGGCUCUCCUCAUUUUUCCGCGCGAUCUAUUCUGGCAAGGAACUCGCCAUGUUCAAUGCCAACCUGCCCUUAUCUGGGACUAACCUCAUUGAAGCGAUGGCAGCUGUAAAGCCGGAAAGUUUCCAUGGCGUCCCGUACGCACUGAAAUUAUUGGCCGAGUCUGAGCGAGGGAUUCAGGCACUCAAGGACUGCAAAUUGGUAUUGUUCGGUGGCAGCAGCUGUCCUGAUGAUCUGGGUGAUGAACUCGUCAAUAAAGGUGUCUAUCUUGUCGGGCACUAUGGAGCUACCGAGAUGGGACAACUUAUGACCUCGUUCCGACCAGUGGAGGACAAAGCCUGGAACUAUGUCCGACCUCUACCUGCGACCACACCAUUCAUCAGCAUGGUACCUCAAGGGAACGAUACAUUCGAAUGCGUGGUUCUCGACGGACUUCCUUCGAAAGUAGUAUCAAACAACGACGACCCACCCAAUUCGUUCAAGACCAGUGAUCUCUUCAGUCCACACCCCACCAUCUACAAUGCAUGGAAAUACCUGGGGCGAUUAGACGAUCGUGUAACACUGGUGAACGGUGAAAAGGUCCUUCCUGUCCCAUAUGAGCAUCAAGUGCGCCAAAGCGAACUCGUACGAGAAGCUUGCGUGUUCGGUGUGGGCAGAGCUUUCCCCGGGCUGGUCAUAGUCCCCAGUGAGCAUGCAACAGGCAUGAGCAAAGCACAGAUCCUCGACUCACUCUCCGGCGUCGUCCAAGCAGCAAACUCCAGAGUCGAGGCAUUUAGUCAAAUUUCUCUUGACAUGGUCAGAAUCCUCGAUGUCGGUGCCGACUAUCCAUGCACCGACAAAGGAACGAUGAUUCGUGCAGCGUUCUACAAGAAGUUUGAGUCGCUCAUCAAUUCCGCCUACGAAGAAUUCGAAGCCCCACGUGCUGAAGACACCACUGGAGGUCUGGCACUGGAGACUCCAGAGCUCAGAAAGUAUUUAGAAGCCAUUUUCACGAAGCAUCUGGAACUCGAAUCGCUCAGUGAUACUGCCGAUUUCUUUGAGAUGGGCGUGGACAGCUUACAGGCGAUUGCAGCACAGGCUUCGAUCAUGCGGGAGCUUGACCUUGGAUCCAAACCACUUGGGCAGAAUGUUGUUUUCGAGUAUCCUAACAUCGCUGCUCUUGCGGAUCAUCUGUAUUCUCUUCGAACCGGAAGUGAAGUCCGACAAUUAGACGAGAUUGAGAUUAUGCAGGAGCUCAUUCAAAAGUACUCCACCUUCACCCCACAUACACCUGGGCAGGCAGUUGUCGACGGAGAAACAAUUAUCCUCACAGGUGCUACUGGGUCGCUCGGAGCUCAUGUACUUGCCCAGUUAGUCUCGAACGAAAAUGUCAAGACCGUCUACUGCCUAGUCCGAGCCACUUCACCAGACGCAGCCCAAGACAGAGUCCUUUCAACAUUCUCGGCAAAGAAAAUAGACAAUAUUUCCCACAAAAGCAAGAUCAUCUGUCUUCCAUCCGAUCUUAGCCGCGAAGAUCUCGGACUCGACAGCCAGAUUGUCGAGACUCUCCAGAACUCGCUGACGACAGUGCUUCAUUGCGCCUGGGCUGUGAACUUCAACCUGGGAGUUCGAAGCUUUGAGAAACAGCAUAUCAAUGGGACAUUCAAUCUGUUGAAUAUGUGUCUCAAGAUUAAGACUCCAUCGCCAGCCAAAUUAUUUUUCUGCUCCUCGAUCUCCGCUGCAGCAGGUACCCCGCUACCAGCUCAGAUUCAGGAGACCUACAUCUCCAAUCUCUCCCACGCACAAAACAUGGGAUAUGCGAGAUCAAAGCUGGUCACCGAGACGAUAAUCAAAGCGGCUGCUGCGCAAACUGGAAUGACCGCAAAAGUUCUUCGUGUUGGUCAAAUUGUUGGAGACACCAAGAUCGGGUUGUGGAACAGCACAGAGGCAAUUUCUUUGAUGAUUAGAAGUGCAGUGACGAUACAUGCAUUGCCAGCUUUGGAAGAGACACCAUCAUGGCUCCCAGUAGAUGUCGUCGCCCGCGCAGUUCUAGAUCUCGCUCAAGUCAACCACCAGUCCAACCCCACCACAGCCCUUGAUACAGACGACUUAGAGGUGGUUUAUCACGUCCAGAAUCCUCAUUUGUUCCACUGGACCAAUGAUUUGCUGCCCGCACUCCGCGAAGCCGGUCUCGACUUCGAAACAGUUUCUCAAAGAGAAUGGGUCACUCGGCUACGGAACAGCGAGAAAGACCCAGAGAAGAAUCCAACAAUCAAACUCCUGGAUUUCUUUACAGAGAAAUACGAUAAUGACAGGCCAGGAAGGACAGGUUUGGUGUUUUUGACAGACAAGACUGCAGCGAAGACAAGUGCCAUUGGUGAGGGGUAUGAUGUUGUUGGAAGCGGCUUGGUGAAGAAAUUUGUGGAUAGUUGGAGUUUGGAAUGGUAAUCUGUACAGGUUUGCAUUUAUAUUACGGCCUUUUAUGUUACUCUAGAAUACAAUACAAGACAUAAAAUUGAGAUAAUUCAAUUGACUUCCAUCUUGUCUUUAUCUUUGGACUUUAACAAAUUUUACCAUUCACAUUGGGUAUUUGAGAACAUCUUCUGGAUAUCUUCAUUGCCCAGAGUUAACUCUCCAAUAAUACAGAGUCGCAGACAGUAACAAAAGUCUUGAAAUACAAUUGUAUUUCAUGAAAACCAUUUUUAGAUACCAACGAUAUGGUUC